CAAAACGUGGCUUCCGGCUGGCCGGCGCCUCCCGCAGGCCGCGCUGCGCGGUGCGGCGGGGGGCGUGGCUGGGCGUGGGCGCGGGCGGCGGGCGCCUACGCGGGGCCGCGCUGGCAGCGUCAUCUGACGGCGCAGGCGAGCAGCAGCGCCAGCAGCGGGGCGAGCAGCGUGGCGGCGGCGCGUGGGGGACCGUGGUUGCGGCGGGCGGCGGCGCGCCGCGCGCCCGAGUUGACGGUCAGCUCGUUGGGCAUGUCGCGCACCGUCGCGCUGUGGUCGUGCGCGCUGUCCUCCAUCACGGCCUGCAGCGGCGCUGCGGACACAACACGCCAACGAGAGUUUUUCCGCAAAUCAGAAACUCAUGUUAAUUUCUGA